AUCAGUCGCACUACGUAUCACACAGUUAGUAUAAAGCGAGAUAUCAAAGCAAAACGUUCACGCAAUCAAGAAAAAAAAAUGAACUCGCUAUAUUUGCUAUUAUUUUCCCUCGCAAUCGGCACAAUUGGAAUUUUAAUUUAUCUCUAUUAUCAAUUAAAUUUUUGGUCAAGAAAAAAUGUCCCCCAAACGUCAAUAUUUCUAACAGUGCAAAAUCUAUGGCAAGUGUUUGGUCAACAAAAAUCCCUACCGGAAAUCCAUCAAAAUAUUUACAAUCUAUUUUCAAAUACAAAAUAUUUCGGUACAAUGAAUCUAUUAACACCGGCAAUAACAAUUUGCGAUCCAGAAUUAAUAAAAGACGUUCUAGUGAAGAAUUUCGAUCAUUUCACCGAUCAUCAAAGUUUCAUUGACGAGAAAAUAGAUCCUAUUUUCGGCAGGAAUAUCGUCUCACUAAAAGGCGAACGAUGGCGUGAAAUGAGAAAUACCCUAAGUCCCUCGUUUACAGCAUCAAAAAUGAAAUUUAUGUUCAACCUAGUGUCAAAGUGUGCUCAAACAUUUGUCGAUUAUUUCAAAAAUCAUUCCGACGAGGCCGAAUUAAUUGAGGGUAAGGAGAUAUUCACCAAAUAUACGAACGAUGUAAUUGCGAGUGUUGCUUUUGGUAUAAAUGUCGAUUCAUUGGAAAAUAAGAAUAACGAUUUCUACACAAGAGGAAGGGACGCAACAAAACUCUCCUUCUUUCGUAUAAUUAAAAUGUUUCUCUUUCUAUUCUUUCCCAAACUAAUGAAACUAAUGGGACAAAAAUUAUUAACCCGUGAGACAGAUAAAUUUUUUCGAACUGUCAUCAAUGAUACACUACGUGUAAGAGAGGAGAAAAAAAUUAUCCGACCAGAUAUGAUUCAUUUAUUAAUGGAGGCAAGAGAUAAGGAGAAUGGAAUUGAAUUAUCCAUCGAUGACAUUAUUGCACAAGCGUUUAUAUUUUUUUUCGCCGGUUUCGAGACAUCGUCGACCUUUAUGUGCUUUCUCGCUUAUGAACUUGCAGUCAAUGAGGAAAUACAGGAGAGAUUACGUCACGAAAUUGACACUUUAAGUGAAGAAGAAAUUUCCUACGAUUCAAUUAAUAAAAUGAUUUACUUAGAUAUGGUGAUAUCGGAGGCAUUGAGAAAAUAUCCACCAGCAGUAAUCACAGACAGAAUUUGCGUGGAAAAAUAUCCCCUACCUGGAGCAACAGAGAAGCAUGAUGAAUUCACCAUUGAACCUAAAACACAAAUUAUAAUUCCAAUCUACGCUCUACAAAAUGAUCCGAAAUAUUUUUCAGAACCGGAAAAAUUUGAUCCGGAAAGAUUUAGUGAGAAAAAUAAGGAUAUGAUUAAUCCCUAUACGUAUUUACCGUUUGGUAGUGGACCGAGAAAAUGCAUUGGCAAUCGUUUCGCUUUGAUGGAAAUUAAAAUUCUCUUUGUGUAUAUUUUGAAAAAUUUCGUUAUCGAAAAAAGUGAGAAAACAAAGGAACCCAUGGAAUUCGAUAAUAAGUUUCAAAUGGCUAUUAAAGGUGGAUGCUGGAUCAAAUUAAGAGAGAGGGUAUCAUUCUAUUGAGACUGACAAAAGACUGAAUUUUUUUUCUUUUUAUAAUUUUUGCUAAAAAUAUUGUUACCAAAAAUACUGAUGAUACAAUAAAAAUUGUUAUCAAAAAAUA